AUGGGUAGUAACGGUGAUAACAAUAGAAAUGCGAAUUUAUCUGCUAAUGCUUCGUCUACUGAGGGUUUUACGCCUUUUUUACUUGAUCCAACACAUGCCUUCUAUGUACAUCCAUCUGAUAUCCCAGGGACUCGUUUAAUUUCUAAUGUGUUUGAUGGAAAUCGAUUUGUAUUGUGGCGUAAAAAUAUUUUGAUUGCUUUGUCCGCUAAGAACAAAUUAGGCAUUCCUACUGGUCGAGAAGCACAACCUGGGGUUGAAUCCCCUUAUUAUCCUUAUUGGGAACGUUGCAAUGACAUGGUCAUUGCAUGGAUCACAAACUCCCUUUCCAAAGAUAUAUCCUCUAGCCUUAUGGGUUUUAAUACUGCUAAGGACAUUUGGACUGAUAUUAAUGAACAGUUUGGACAGUCUAAUGGCUCAACAUACAUCCAUCUACAAAGAGAAUUAGGUACUAUAACUCAGGGAUUAUCAGACAUUGCUACAUACUUUACUAAACUAAGAUACCUAUGGGAUGAACUGAGCAAUGCAUAUGUAGGGCCUGAUUGUAGUUGUGGUGCCCUAACUAAACAUCUUGAGGAACAAAAACUAUAA